AUGGCUAUCCGUAUUAUUUUGCUCUUCGCUGCCUUCGAGUAUGUUGGAACUCUUCGAUGUUAUCAGUGCAAUGGAUGGCAAGGAGAUUAUCCACUGAAGAAUACUGAAGCUUCGACUUGCAACAAUCUAAACAAUCAAUGCAAGUCGGAUUUGUACUGUGUGAAGAUCAGUGAUCCAAUGUCACCUGGCGUUCCCUACACGACCUACAAGUCUGAUUGCUGGGCUCGAAACAACCUGCAAGUAACUCCCACAAACAGCGUUACAGUACAAAGCGGAUCGUGUUACGAUUAUGAAGACGCCACGGUUCCGUCGAGAAGAUGGAAGUACUGCUUUUGCAAUAACGAGGACUACUGCAAUGCGGUUCCCGAAUGGCACCUAAGCAUCAUGGUCACGCUUCCCCUUCUUUUCAGCAUUCUCCUAUGA